AUGAGUGCAGCACUCCCCUACCGCGACAUCAACGUGCACUCGUCGCCAUCGCACUAUGCCUUCUCCUCGCCCUCGUCCCCCACCGCUCCCACUCUUGUCGUCGACCGGCCGUCGGGCGACAUGCGGCUGCACGACGGAAAGCUGCUGGGCUCCAAGCGCGUAUCCAGCAUCGCAGGCAUUCUCGGCAUCAUCAAGCUGCGCCUAGACAAGUACAUCAUCGUCAUCACAAAGGCCCAGCCCAUGGGUCGCAUCAAGGGCCACAUGAUCUACAAGGUCGUUGCGACCGAGUUCCUGCCCCUCCGUGAACGCCCCCUGCACGACGUCGACGAGGACAACUACCUCUCCUUGCUCCGAUCGCUCAUCAAGACCUCCCCGCUCUACUUCUCCUACUCCUUCGACAUCACCAACACCUUCCAGCGCCAAGCUCACCUCGACCCCACCACCCCCCUGUGGAAACGCGCCGACGACCGCUUCUACUGGAAUCGCUUCGUCUCCAGCGACCUCAUCGACUUUCGUGGGGGACUCAGCGGGGGCUAUGGGCGGCACACAGCUGGGCAGCAACCCAGUGCAGACCCCUACAUUUUGCCUGUCAUGUACGGCAUGCUGGAAAUCAAGAACACGUCCAUCAAGGGUACCCCACUUACCUUUAUCCUCAUCACCCGCCGAUCACGGCUCAAGGCAGGCACGAGAUACUUUUCACGCGGCAUCGACGAGAACGGCAACGUGUCCAAUUUCAACGAGACGGAGCAGGCCAUCAUCCUCAACGACAACGCGUCAGGAGGUCCCGGCGGAUUUGGUUCCAACCAAAACGCUACCAAGGGUAGCGCCGGCAAGGAGACGCAGGUUUUGUCCUAUGUGCAGACGCGAGGAAGCGUGCCCGUCUACUGGGCCGAGAUCAACACGCUCAAGUACACGCCCAAGCUCCAGGUCCGCGGCGUCGAAAAUGCUCUGCCAGCGGCCAAGAAGCAUUUCGCUGAGCAGAUUCGCUUGUAUGGAGACAAUUGGCUAGUCAACUUGGUCAACCAAAAAGGUCGCGAGCAACGAGUCAAGGAGGCCUAUGAAGAGAUGGUUAACCUGUUGCAAUCUUCACCCAUGGAGAAUGUAGAGGGAGAUCGCAUCACAGACGAGAAGUUUCGCGUCAUUGACCCAGCCAACGCUCAGACAGUCUAUGACCGGAUCCACUACGUAUACUUUGACUUCCACAGCGAAACCAAAGGACUGCGCUGGGAUCGUGCAAAGCUGUUGAUGGAUCAACUGGAGCCACAUGUACUCAAACACGGUUACUUCCGUGCGGUUGAUAUGCCAGGUGACUCUGGCCAGGUGGAAGUGAGACGCCAUCAGACUGCGGUCGUACGCACAAACUGUAUGGACUGUCUGGACCGCACCAAUGUUGUGCAGAGCAUGCUCGGGCGAUUUAUCCUCUCGAGGAUGCUUAUUGAUCUAGGUCUUAUGCGAGAAGGCGACAGCGCGGAGGAAGAUGAGGCGUUCGAGUUCUUGUUUCGCAACGUCUGGGCUGACAAUGCCGAUGUCGUUUCCAAGUCCUAUUCUGGUACGGGGGCGCUCAAGACAGACUUUACCCGUCUCGGUAUCCGCACCAAGAAAGGUGCACUGCAAGAUUUGACCAAUUCCAUUACCCGAUACCGUCUCAACAACUUCAGUGAUGGUCCGCGACAAGAUGCCUUUGAUCUUUUCCUAGGCACUUAUCUACCAAGCGACUCUGGCAUUGGGGGCCAGUUACUUUUCGCUGACCGCCGGCCUCUGUUUAUCCAGGCAAUACCCUACAUACUCACCGCAAGCCUCUUCUUCAUUCUCGUCGGCAGUCUGACACGCCGUGCGCCCGACGCCGCCGUCUGGCCCUUGCGAUUGCUGUUGCUCAUCUCCCUUUUCACCAUGGGCGUGUGCUUUCACUUUAUAUGGAGCCAUGGUACUCUCUACGUCAACUGGCCUAGGCUCAAUCGCCAACCUGCUCAGAUCGAAGCGUUCCAGGAAACACUAUCCAAGGUCUCGCACAACUCGGUUGUGGGGCCUUUGAUGGGAACCAAGCACGAGCGGGGCAAGAGUGAUGCGAGACUCCUCGGAUUGGAGGAAGGCAAGAAAAGGCUUGAAUAG